UCCAAAUCCCUGACAUCAGCAAACCUGAUCGCAGCCACGCCCUUGGCCACACAAUUAGAACGCACGAGGGUGUGGAAGAAGACCGUGAGGUCGGACAGUCUCAAGUCAGCAAGGUCUGCCCCCCCACCUGUCUCUGGCGACAAGACCCGCGUCAACAUCGUGAGCGAGCCAUUGUGCGACGACAUCCUCUCCUAUAUUGGCAAGUCCCUGGAACCUCACCAAGGAUGCGAUCUCAUCGACCUAUACCCCGGUGCAGGGCUUUGGAGCACCAAACUCCACAACUUUCUGAAGCCCCGCUCCCACAUCAUGAUGGAACCCGAUGCCGACCUAUACAGGCCGUUUCUGGAGCCCCUACUCGAAAGGAAAGGGACCACCCUCAUACCGAAAUCCGGCAUAGUAUGGCAUGAACUCAACGAUAUCCUCACACCCGAGCACCUCCCCAAUCAGACCGUCCACCAUAAGGAUUCCCCAGGCGCCAACAUGAAGAACGACACCCUGCUCGUCACCUGCAACCUCGCCUUCCAUCCGAGGAAGCGACUGUUUUCCUUCGAGUCUAUAGCCAUGCUCCUCAUUCAUCAGUUCAUGGAUGCCAUCAAGAACGGCGCCCUCUUCCACAAGUACGGACUGGUGCGCAUGCUGCUAUGGGUCCGCCGCGAAGACAAGAUCAAUAUUCUGCCGCGCUUGAUACAGAACCGCCGCCGCCCGAGCACCGACGCCGAACUCUACUGCGAAGCCAUAAACGAGGUUGUCACCCACGGCGGUCCUGAGAAGAAGGAUUUCAACCGCGACGAAAACAUCGAGCGUGCCAGCGCCCUCGCUGUGCUCAACAGGAUGAAGAAGGCAAAUAUCAAGGUCCCCGAAGGAAGAGAGUCCGAUGCUUUCAAGCAAGCCAUGCUUGAUAGUGCCCUGAAACCAAAAGCCGCCCCCAAUCCGGGCAGCUGUCCACCUGUCAUGAAGCGGAACUACUUGGAAAUGCAGGCCUCGCUGGAGGAGAAGCAGCCACAACAUGGCACGGCAGAAUUCAAGCGCUUACAAGAGUAUGGGUGGCGCCGCACUGCCGACACGAAGAGACUCGAGAGAGCACAUAAUUUAUUCAGCAGACACGAGGAGCUUACCCAACUCAAACAAGCGGGCAAGAUCUCGGACGAGGAACUACAUGCCGCCGAGGAGCAACUGAGCGAGAUAAUCGACCGACUCCCGGUAUUUGCCUCGUCCGAGUUCACCUCCCUCAGAGACAAUCUACACAUCUGGAAGCAGGACGAGCCUGCAAUGCUCUGGGACAAGCGGACUGUCGAACCCAUAAUCGCCGAGGAGCAGGAAUUUUACCCCAACUGUGACACUUGCCUGCUUGACAUCAUGCCAGGUCCGGUUCAUCCAUUGAUUCGGGAUAUCGGUGCUGGUUCCUCCCGCUCGGGCGAGUGCUUCGAGUUGAUCCAGAAAUCAAUGUGGGCAAACCCAAAAGCUCCGAUAGACAAGGCUCUUGACGGCGUGUAUCCGGGCGCAGCAGAUUGGAUUUUACCACGCUGCCCCAGCUUCCGCGACCCAGCACGUGGUGGUUGUCUCGUGAACGCGAAGCACAUGACCCUCACAGUCAGGACAUUGAACCGCAAGCAGUGGGAAGAGCUGCUAGAGCAGUGGUACGCAUGGCCUUUCCAUCCAGAGUUUCGGGAUCUGGUCGCGAGAUCCCAGGAC